ACACCUCCUUCUUCUGAAUCAAGUAUUAUUGUUCAUUUCAUAUAUAAAAUCUAAGGCAUCAUCAUGGGUGUUUUCUCAUUUGAGGAUGAAACCACAUCACCUGUGGCUCCUGCUAAGCUUUACAAAGCUCUAGUUAAUGAUGCUGAUAACCUCAUCCCAAAGGUUGUUGAGGCUGUCAAGAGUGUUGAAAUCGUUGAGGGAAAUGGUGGCCCUGGAACCAUCAAGAAGCUCACUAUAGUCGAGGAGGGGGAGACGAAGCAUGUGUUGCACAAAGUUGAAGGCAUUGAUGAGGCAAACUUUGGAUACAGCUACAGCAUAGUUGGGGGUGUGGCUUUGCCAGACACAGUGGAGAAGAUCACUUUUGAGUCCAAAUUCAUUGCUGGCCCCAAUGGAGGCUCUGUUGCCAAGCUCAGUGUCAAGUUCCAAACCAAAGGAGAUGCCAAGCCCAAUGAAGAGGAACUCAAAACUGGCAAAGCCAAGGGAAAUGCUCUUUUCAAGGCCAUUGAGGGUUACCUUUUGGCCAAUCCUCAUUACUGAAUUCAUGCCUUUUAACCUUGCUUACAUGCAAGAGUUUUGUUGUGUGUUUUUGUUAUCAUCCACUCUCUGUGUUGUGUGCUUAAGUUGGCUUCCAAUGUAACAAGUCAUAAGUGUUUUCCUUUUUUUUUGUCUUCCUUUGCUGCAGAAUUGUGAGAGUUAGUUGAUAUCUCUGUAUCUCACUUUUUCAAUAAAUUAUAAUAAAGGAUGCAUCAUUUUUUAUUUUUA